AUGGCUCUUCAUAAUUUUAUUCGAGAGAGCAGAAUUGCGGAUAGAGAAUUUGAUGCUUGUGAUGCAGAUGAAAAUUAUAACCCAAUGCCUAGUUCUUCGGCAUCAGCAUGGCCAGAAGAUGAACCUCUUGUUGAAGAUGUGAACAUGAAUGCCUUCCGUGAUGAAUUAGCUCAUGCUUUGUUUCAUGGAGUGUAA